ACGUGAAAAAGAAAAAGAAAAUGAAAAAAAGGUUUGAUAACACCCUUCCCCAAAUCAUCCCUCCCACCAUCCUACCAACAAACCAGAACCCCUUAUAAACGUCACCCUUCACUUAACCAAAAUUCAAAUCCUCUCGCUCCUUCUCUGACUUCCUCUGUUUCUUGCAUAAACCAAGCGCCAAGCAAAAGGACUCUUCUUUUGCUCUGUUUUCUACAAUUCUAAAGUCAUGGCAACUUCCCUUUGCUUGCUGUACUUGUUACUAUUUUCAACAUGCUGGCUUACAAUUUCAAUGUCAGAAAUGGUUCUUCUGCCUUUAACACAUUCACUCUCCAAAACCCAAUUCACCACCCCACACCACCUCCUCAAAAUCACCUCAGCCCGGUCGGCCGCCCGCUUCCACCAACGCAACCACCGCCACAAACAAGUGUCGCUCCCUCUUUCCCCUGGCAGUGACUACACUCUCUCCUUCACUCUCGGCUCCCCUUCUUCCCCUACUAUUUCCCUUUACCUUGACACAGGCAGCGACCUUGUUUGGCUUCCUUGUUCUCCAUUCGAAUGCAUUCUCUGCGAAUCAAAACCACCACUCUCUCCUCCUCUAAACCUCUCCUCCUCUGCCACCGCCGUCCCAUGCAAAUCCUCCGCCUGCUCCGCCGCUCACUCCUCCCUCCCUUCCUCUGACCUUUGCGCAAUUGCACGUUGCCCCCUCGACUCCAUCGAAACCUCGGAUUGCAACUCCUUCCCUUGCCCUCCUUUUUACUAUGCAUACGGUGACGGUAGCUUAAUCGCCCGUCUCUUUAAAGACUCCUUAACUCUCCCAAACUCUCUCUCUAUCCAAAACUUUACUUUUGGUUGUGCCCACACUGCAUUGGGUGAACCAGUUGGUGUAGCCGGGUUCGGGUUUGGUCGGCUCUCUUUGCCAGCUCAACUUUCCUCUGUGUCUCCUCAACUUGGUAACAGAUUCUCCUACUGUUUAGUUUCUCAUUCGUUCGAUUCUGACAAAGUUGGGCGACCAAGUCCGCUGAUUCUUGGUCGGCACGAGGAAAAAGAAAAGCAGUUUGGCAAUGAAAAUGUUGAGUUUGUUUACACGGACAUGCUUUCCAACCCUAAACAUCCUUAUUUUUAUUCUGUUGGGUUGGAGGGAAUCUCCGUCGGGAAAAGGAAUAUUCCGGCGCCGGAGAAUUUAAAGAGGGUUGAUAGGAGAGGGAGUGGAGGGAUGGUGGUGGAUUCAGGGACAACUUUUACGAUGUUGCCGGCGAGUUUGUAUGACUCGGUUGUGACUGAGUUUGAUCACCGCGUUGGACGAGUUUACGAGAGGGCGAGUGAGGUGGAAGAGACAACAGGGAUGAGUCCAUGUUAUUACUAUGACAAAGUAGCCAAAGUUCCUGUGAUUAGUUUGCAUUUUGUGGGGAACGGAUCAAGUGUGGUGUUACCCAGGAGGAAUUAUUUUUACGAGUUUCUAGACGGUGGUGAUGGGGUUAGGAAGAAGAGGAAUGUGGGGUGUUUGAUGUUGAUGAACGGUGGUGAUGAGGAGGAGUUGAUUGGUGGGCCAGGGGCUACUCUGGGUAACUAUCAGCAGCAAGGUUUUGAGGUGGUUUAUGAUUUGGAGAAAAGGAAGGUUGGAUUUGCAAGGAGAAAGUGUUCUUCUUUGUGGGAUAACUUGAAAAAUUAAGUUAGAUUUUGGAUAAAAAUUAAAUUUCUACGUUUUUAUUUCAUGUUAAUGGGUUUUUACUUUCUACUCCUUGGGGCUUACCUGCACUUCAAUAUGUGCUUUAUGGACUCUGCCAGUCCUGUAUAUUUAAAUGUUAAUACCUCCAUGUCAAGUAUGAGGUGGAUGAUGAAGAAAGCAAAUAUUGAAGUGUAGAGAAGAAGAAAAUGUAAAAGUUUGUGUAUAUUGGAAUUGGAAAUAAAAUUUGGUUUCUCUUUUGCAAA